AUGGUUCGCCCCGCUCGCCGAGGUUUCGUCAAAGAUCCCGCCCCCUGGAAGCUCGAGCGUUGUACCAUCGUUGAUCCUGAUAGUGGAGAAGAGCUUGAUGAUGCCCUAACCGUCUUCUUUCCCGGACCGCGGUCGUUUACGACUGAGGACGUACUAGAGCUCCAUAUACACGGGGGACGUGCUGUAGCACAAGGUGUACUCAACGCUCUUGGGAAGCUACAAUUUGCACGCGGAGCGGGUCCCGGUGAAUUCACAAGAAGGGCGUUUGAAGCAGGCCGGCUGGAUCUAACUCAAGUUGAGGGUAUCAAAGAUCUAGUCGAUGCUCGUACAGAUGCGCAGAGGAGAGCGGCCCUCAGGGCUACAUCUGGAGCCUCGCGGAGAACGUAUGAGGCUCUGCGGACCGAUAUCAUCAAAUGUCUCGCAAACGUCGAAGCGGUCAUUGACUUCGGUGACACAGAGGACGUGGAGGUUGGUGUACUUGAAGCGGCUCAGGCACGUGCAGCGGAACUCCAUAAGCGGAUCGAUGUCAUGCUCGCGGACGGCCGGCGUGGUGAACUAGUGCGCUCGGGUGUGCGCCUAGCUCUGUUUGGCCCGCCGAACGCCGGCAAGAGUUCACUACUAAACUUUCUCGCACAGCGUGAAGCAGCGAUCGUUACGCCCAUACCCGGUACUACGCGCGACGUUCUUGAAGUAUCCGUGGACCUCGGAGGCGUCCCCUUGCUCGUUUCCGACACAGCAGGUCUGCGUGAAUCGACCGAUACUGUCGAAUCCAUUGGAAUUGCCCGAGCACGUUCCGCGAUUGAGGGCGCCGACCUACGCCUGUUGGUGUUAUCUCUACCGGACGUACUCGAGAAUGGAGACAACAUUCUUGUACCGCCAGAGAUGCGAGGCUUCGUUGCGGAUCACCCCAAAGAUACCUUCAUACUAUUGAACAAGAUUGACAUGGUGCAUACGCCGGCGCGUCUAGAUAGCUUGGCAGCUGCCGGCGCGUGGGCUGUCAGUCUGACUGAGGAGCGGGGAACCAGCGACUUCUUGCAUGGAUUUGCGCGUGCACUACGGAAACGGUACGACGUUCUGCAGGGUUCCCAGGACGCCGAGAAUGCACCUGUCGUUACCCAUGCCCGGCACAGACAGCACCUAGAGAGCGCAUCGCGGUUUCUGGGCGCGUUCCUUGCUCACGGGCCAAGCGACAUAGUGCUCGCCGCCGAAGAGUUGAGAUACGCGGCGCAAUCGGUCGGGCGUAUUUCGGGCCUGAUCGAUGUUGAAGACAUACUUGAUGUAGUUUUCCGUGACUUUUGCAUAGGCAAAUGA